AUGGAGACCGUCAAGCAAGCCGCCAACUACGUCGCUGAGACCGUCCAGGGCACCGGUGCCGAGGCUUCCAAGGAGGCCAACAAGAACGUUGCCAAGAACGACGACGCAAAGAUCUCCACCCGCGCUAGCGCUGCUAAGGAUGCCCUCGGCGACAAGAAGGACGAGAUUUCCCACAACACCAAGGCUGAUGUCCACAAGGAGGCUGCUAAGAACUAA